CUUUGCUUUGCUCACAGUCGCCCUCAUUACCCUGACCUCAGCUCAACAUCAGAAUGCGACCAAUUCGUCCACGACGAAGCAUGCACCGACUGAUCGCGUUGGUUGGGUUUCUACACCUCCUGGCCGAAGCACGAUGAAUAUCGUUUGGAGCUGCGUGUCAAUACUCCUGGUCUGCACCUACAAAUGUCUUCACUUCAACAUACCAAGUUUCGAGGAGAAGCGAGCUGGAUGCUAUCUGCGAAAGCUAGGAUGGAUGCUGGGGGUUGCCCUUGCCCCGGAGGUGGGGGUCGGCUUGGCAGUGAUGGAAUAUUUCCAGGCGUGCAAGGAUUUGGAAGAGGUGAAAGGACGGUGGCCCGAUUUGGAAAUUGAUUUAGUUCACGCCUUUUAUGCUAGGAUGGGAGGUUUUGCGGUCCAGCUUACAGAUGCCCAAGAAGCGACAGCAACCCCUCCGAAGCCGCGUCUGCUUCCCGAAAUUGGCCAUGAUAAAGCAUCUGAGUUAGCAACUCCAACAGAGACUACGGCCAGUCACGAUAUAAAAGAUAGAAGCAAGACCGAUGCCUUUUCAAAAGUUUUCGCCAUAGUCCAGUCUUCUUGGCUCAUUGUACAAAGUAUUACUCGCGUUGCAUCUGGUUUAUCGCUCAGCCAGCUUGAGCUGGCAACCAUGGCCUAUAUUAUUCCUGCAGCUGUGAUAUACGGUUUUUGGUUAGAGAAACCUUUCGGUGUGGAGCACGUAACCACUAUC